AUGGCUUCCUCCGCAGACUCCGCAGCGCCCGUCGAGAGCAAUGGCGCAAAGCGGGUCCUGGAGACUCCACGCAGGAGCGAGGAAGACUCACGGGGCAGCUACCGCUUCAAGAACAAGAGGAUGAAGAACGGCCAUGCUGUCGGCAGCCAGAUCCUGAAGACCAACGGAAGCACCGAAGAGGUCUUGCUCGAGGACGUCACUGCUCUGAUCACCAACUUCUCCCUCGAACGAGACGGAAAACACGCCCCGACAUGCCUCCCAGAAAAGUUCAGUGAGAUCACAGUCACCGUCCGGGAGCUCUCGUCCACCGGAGACGGUCUUGGAUUCCAGCAAGGUUCUGGCUCAGACCAGGUCUACGCCAUCCCCUUUACAGCACCUGGCGACACCGUCACGGCCAAGAUCUUCAAGCACUUCGACAAGGAGAAGUACUCCAUGGCCGACCUCGUCAGAGUCACCAAGCCCUCGCCGCACCGCGAUGAUUCUCUCGUCCAGUGCCCCUACUUUUCCCAGUGUUCAGGAUGCCAGUUCCAGAUGUUGCCCUACGACUACCAACUACAGCACAAGCGGUCUAUUGUCGACCGCGCCUACAGGAACUUUUCCAACCUCUCGCCCCAACUCAUCCCUACAGUUGGCGACACGAUUGGCUCACCACUGCAAUACGGCUACCGCACAAAGCUCACGCCUCACUUCGACGGCCCUCCCGAUUCCCGGCGCAGUGACGGCCGCAACGGCAUCAAACGCACGUUCAAGCAAGUCCCCAACAUCGGCUUCAUGAAAAAAGGAACCCGCAUCACCAUGGACAUUGAAGACUGCCCGAUUGGUACUGCUGCCGUGCGCGCCGGCAACAAACGCGAGCGCAAACGUGUCGUCGACACCCUCUCGUCCUAUCACAAGGGUGCCACGAUCCUGCUCCGCGAGAACACGCAACGCAUACCCAAGGACCAGUACGAUCCGAGCGUAGAGAAAGAAGACCCAGACACUGUAGACGAGGACCGAGGACCGCACAUACACCGCAAGACGUGCGUCACAAACCCCAAUGCCCGCACCACAGAGUACAUCGACGAUUUCCAAUUCGUCAACCCAGCGGGCUCCUUCUUCCAGAACAACAACUCCAUCCUGCCCCCCUUUACGCAAUACAUCCGCGAGCACAUCCUGCCCAAGGACCCCACCCACAAAAUCCGCUACCUAAUCGACGCCUACUCAGGCUCAGGCCUCUUCACCAUCACGCUCUCAAGCCUCUUCGAAUCCUCACUCGGCAUCGACGUAAGCAGCAGCAGCAUCACCUCGGCGACCGAAAACGCCGCGCUCAACGGCCUGUCACCGCAACAAGCGCGCUUCCUCGCCGCCGACGCCUCCAAACUCUUCGCCUCCAUCACGACCCCCGCGGCCGAAACGGUCGUCAUGCUCGACCCCCCGCGCAAAGGCUGCGACGAGUCGUUCUUGCGCCAGCUGGUGCAGUACGGCCCUGCGCGCGUCGUCUACGUCAGCUGCAACGUGCACACGCAGGCGCGCGACGUGGGCGUCCUGGUGGGCGGCAUGGCGGGCGUCGACGGCGGGUCUGGGACGGGCCAGGGGUGCUAUGAACUUGAGAGUGUGAGGGGGUUUGACUUCUUUCCGCAGACGGGGCAUGUCGAGGGUGUGGCCGUGUUGAGGAGGAAGGCUGGGGUGGAGGUGGAGGAGGAGGAGGAGGAGGAGGAGGAGAAGAAGAAGAAGAAGAAGAAGAGAGAGGCGGAGGCAGAGGAAAGUGUAAAAGCCUAA